CCUCUCUCUCUUCCUUAAUGGCUACUCAUCCAAUAAAGAACACAGAUAUCAAAUUCCUCCCCUUCUCAUUUCCUCCCCCCAUCUUCGCAACAUACAGUACUCACCAUCUUUUGGUGGCUCUCUCACUCUCCUCUCUCUCUCCCUAGAACAGAAACCCAAACAAAACGGGGCGAGGUAGUAGCUAGGGGGAAAAAGGGAGAAGUUUUCGGUUUAAAAGGAGAGAACGGCCCGGCCGGAAGUGGUGGAAGGCGAGGAGGAGGAGAACACGGUGAGAUCAGGAGAGAGGAGAUACCGGCCGGCGGAGGCGGCGGCGCGGCGGCGCAGGGAUAGCGGGAAAAAAGAUCGCGCCUAAAAAGGGCGAGGAGGAUGGCGUCAUCGUCAGCGUCGUCCGUGCCGGCGCCGUCGGGGUCGGUGAUCACCAUAGCGUCGGCGUCGGCGUCGGCGGCGGCGAACACGGCGGCGUGCGGCACGGGGUCGCCGUGCGCGGCGUGCAAGUUCCUCCGCCGCAAGUGCCAGCCCGACUGCGUGUUCGCGCCCUACUUCCCGCCGGACAACCCGCAGAAGUUCGUCCACGUGCACCGCGUCUUCGGCGCGAGCAACGUGACCAAGCUGCUGAACGAGCUGCACCCCUACCAGCGCGAGGACGCCGUGAACUCGCUCGCCUACGAGGCCGACAUGCGCCUCCGCGACCCCGUCUACGGCUGCGUCGCCAUCAUCUCCAUCCUCCAGCGCAACCUCCGCCAGCUCCAGCAGGACCUCGCCCGCGCCAAGUUCGAGCUCUCCAAGUACCAGCAGGCGGCGGCUGCGGCGGCGGCGGCUUCCGCGUCGACGGGGACGAAUAACGGGCCGCACUCGAUGGCGGAGUUCAUCGGCAACGCGGUGCCGAACGGCGCGCAGAGCUUCAUCAACGUCGGGCACUCGGCGGCGCUCGCCUCCGUCGGUGGCGCGGCGGCGUGCUUCGGGCAAGAGCAGCAGUUCUCGGCCGUCCACAUGCUGUCGAGGAGCUACGAAGGGGAGCCCAUCGCGAGGCUCGGCGGCAACGGCGGCUACGAGUUCGGGUACUCGACGUCGAUGGCCGGCGGCGGGCAUAUGUCCGGGCUCGGCGCGCUCGGCGGCGCGCCGUUCUUGAAGUCCGGCAUCGCCGGCAGCGACGAGAGGCAAGGCGCCGGCCAGUAGUUGGGAGCGCUUGAUUCGGCGGUUGUUGUGUUCGUCUCUGCAUGUCAGGUUACUGACUAGGAAAUUAAAAUUCCCUAAGUUCUGGAAAUUGAAGCGGUGAAAAGGAUCGUAAAUUAAGGCUCAUGCUUAGGAGGAUUGCUCGGUCUAUUUUACAUGAAGAUCAUGCGUGUUCACUCUGUUAAUUUGCCUUGUCAAUGCUUAUCUUUUUCUUUCAAUCGAUCAUCCGCAAUGUCGAACAUUUUAUUUGUGCCUUGAUCUGUUGCUGGGAUUGUUGCUGUACUGUGUGCAUGCUUGUCCCUGAUUUUAGCACUUGGACGGCUACCUUAAUUAAUACUACUAUAUUGAUACUGCUCCUA